GAACUCUUUUCUAACCAUUCUCAUUACAAGAGCAAAGUAAGUUUACACAGCUCUAAUAUAACUUUCUGUCUUAAUUUGUGAAUAUUAAGAUGGGAAAUUUACACAAGUAUGUUGGAGUUCUUGCUGUCAUAAUUGUGUUAGUGAUAGGAAUGUCUGAUUGUCGAGAAAUACAAAAAAAGGAAUUUGUUGAAAACUUUGGUGGAGAUGGAGGUUUUGGUGGCGGCAGUGGUGCAGGUAUUGGAGGAGGAAUUGGAGGUGGUAGUGGUCUAGGAGGUGGAUAUGGUGGUGGAAUAGGAGGAGGAAAGGGUGGUGGUGGUGGUAUAGGUGGAGGCGGAGGUUCUGGUGGAGGCAUUGGAGGAGGAUCUGGCGGAGGUUUUGGAGGUGGUGCAGGAGGUGGACUUGGUGGGGGUGGAGGUGCUGGUGGUGGCUUUGGAGGUGGUGCUGGAUUUGGCGGAGGUGCUGGUGGUGGAGUUGGUGCGGGGGGUGGUACAGGUGGAGGUGCUGGCAGAGGCUUUGGAGGUGGUUCUGGAGGAGGCUUUGGAGGUGGUGCGGGCGGAGGCUUUGGAGGCGGUGCUGGUGCUGGUGGUGGUGGUGGAUUUGGAGGCGGUUCUGGUGGUGGAUUUGGAGGCGGUGCCGGCGUAGGCGGUGGUAUUGGAGGUGGAGGAGAUGCUGGUGACAGAGUUUAAACUUAAAAAAGUAUUAAUCCUAUGAUGGAGUGUUCUGUUUUAUUCAUGAAACUAAUGAAAUAAAUGCAAUUAUUUGCUAAAUAUGACAUGUAUCAGUUAUAUAAGAUUAUGUAUGUGUUUUUUUUUUU